UUAUGUGAUGUGUUUAGGUUGUUGUUUACUUUCAAUGUUUAGUGGUAUUUGUCAUUUCAAUUCAAAUUAAAGUUGGGCGUGCCGUUGUAAACAGAAUUACAGAAUUAAUCUAAUCAUGGUUUUAUUAAAUUCAUGCUGGUCUCCAUGUAUUUGGACAGACAAGUUAAAAACUGGCUGUGUAGCUAUUGCUUAUUACACAGUAGCUAUGAGUAUUGUAUUAAUGACAUUUAUUGUAUUUGACAUGAGAGGAGGUGAUUCUACACAACUAUAUAAUCCUUUAUUUGAAGCAGAUGUAAGAUACUCGAUGCAAGUUGUUGGAGUGUUGCUUAUUGUGUAUUUCAUUGCCUUAAUCUGUUCAGCGAUAUGGUUAGUUGUGGGCAUAAAUAAGUUUAUUAGAGGCUUUAUGGUCCCAUGGAUGGUAUUCUUUGGAAUAGCCAUAAUGUUUCAGUUAUGUUUUGGACUGUGGCUUCUUGGUGGCUAUUAUAUUUAUCUUGAAUCCGUCUUGUACACUUUUGUGAUAUGGUGUUGGAUGGCAUAUAAUAUUUACCUGUGGUUGGUAGUUUACUCCCAGUAUAAAGUGAUUGAAGAUAUGCAAUCCCCUAAUAUUGAACUGCUGUGGCCUUAACUGUGAAUUUUACUUUUUAACUUGUUUAUAGUCCGUCCAUUUUUACAUUUUUUUCAUGAAUGUAACAUAAAAGCAUGUUACUUGUAUUUUAUUAGUUAUAUUUUGUAUUUUUUUAUUAUACUCUUUGACAUUGUUUUUUAUGAUAAAUAAAAAUAUUUUU